UGUGAAAUAUGCAGGAAUCGGCAGGAAUAUGGAAUGGAUCGUUGGAGUGGGAACACGUGGGUCACGUGCGGCCACUUGGGGUGUCGGUGUCGCUGCGGUCGUUGUGGCUGCCUGGCGGCCUGGCCUGGCUGCCAGACCGGUCAGACCGCAGAGGCUAUAGUUGGGCUGUCAGCUGUUAGUGGUGCUGUGAGGCUAAAGCACCGAAAAACGUUAAUCAUGCGUCCAAAGGACAUUGUUGUAAGGCAGCCUGCUGUUGCAGACGGUACCCUGGUAUGGGCAAUUGAUGAGAAAGAAAGGCUUUUGACAGCUUUAAAAAAACAUGGAACAGCUGACUUAGAAAGGCUUGCGGCAGAAGUGGGCACAAGGGAUGCUGUGGCAGUCAAGGGCUUCUUGGAUGUACGACGAAGUCAGCUGCGACGUACCGCCUACCCCGUGAAGUCUGACCCCGUUUACACAUACCUGCACAACUGGCAAAUGUACAUGCACAGGGCAAAGAAUCCAAAAUGGAGAACCACUGACAGAGCCCAGAUCUUCACUGAGGUAGUAGCUACAUGUGCGGAGAAGGAUUUUCCACAACCAGCCCAUGACCUGGAGCCAAACUUUGGGGAGCUCUACCACUACUUGGCAGAUGUAAUGCAAGGUCAGGUUCCUGCAGAGCUCUCUUUGGCCGAUAGGUGUGUGCUGACGCACCUCAUGAGAUCGGUUGCAGACACUGUGAAGCAGAUGGACCUAGAGGCAGAGAAGCAUGCUUUGCAAUGUGCCGUUACUCAUGUUGAGAAUAUCAGCGUAUUGGGUAAAUCAACAGCAAAUGCACAAGUCACGGCAGAGUCCUCCAAGGAUGCGGGUAACAGUGACGAAGUUGAUCCGUCUCCUAAAACUAAACCAGCCCUGACAGUAAUGGCAGAGGAUGACCUCAGCCGUAGGAGUGAGUCAUUUCAUGGCCAGCCCCGAUUUCCACCUUGGAAGACUAGAGUGAACAAUGUUAGUGCUACGUGGAACCCUCUCCAGAUUGCUCCUGAUGUGUUGCACCAGGAGCAUGCACACAUCACAAGUAUGUGGUUUAACUAGUGAUGGUCUCCACAGAGCUAGUAUGCCAGAAGUCCUUCCACGGUACCGAACAUUAAUAAAAUGUGAUAGAUUGCAGUCUCCACAGACAACGGCGCCUAAGUUACACAUGGUAUUGUACUGUUUAAAACGACUCGGGCAGCCUCGCACUAAACGUUAAACUCAGACACAUAACAUUUCUUUGUUCUUAUAUGCUAUGAAAGUAGGUCAGCCUUUCGCGCAGUCCCUCAGCUUUUCCCCUCGUGCACUUAGAACGUUCUCACUGAAUCAUUCCCAAAUAAGGGCCCACAACAACAGCUGCACAUGAGGACCACGUGCUGUGGGCCACCAUACUGUUGUGGGCCGUCUGCGAACACCCCCUUAUGCUGCUUUCUGAGUGGACAGAUGCGUUGUCCCAUGCUUUCUUCAGCCUUUUCUUUCUCUCAUGCGCAGAGACAUACUGUCUUAGCGUAUACAGAAGAGGUGGAGAAAUAGACUUGCCUAUGACGAACCUCACUAUAUUGUACAGUGUAUCUGUAUCUGUACAUGCUGGUAAGGUUCUCAAGUUGAAUGCGUAUGCCAUCCUGUAGCUUAUGGAACGUUCACAGUGUUUGUCACAGUUUGUUCACCUAUAAAUAGGCGAUUUCAGAUAUUGCCCUUGUGCUCUGCACGGGGGCCCUCCGUCGCCCAAGUCACGCGCAUCACGCAAUGCGUCGUGGGAAAUGGUUUACAUUCGUGCUCGUCUGCCUGCUGCUCGAAGGUGCGGGAGGUGAAUGAGAGAGAAAACAGAAACCGUUUGCGUUCUUCUUCUCUCUGACUCAUGAAAACUAAAUCCCAAGGUGCAGCGGGGCUUUCGCAACACGGCGCUCUCUGGUGGGCCAUUCAUGCAAUUUCUGAAAUCGUCUAUUACGCCUGCUAGACUUCGCAUUGAUGUCUUGAUCGACUUCUGUCCCAAUUUGACGAAAUAAAAAGUUUUGGGACCUUUUGUGCUACUAGGGAGGUUACAACCUCAGCACCCACUCCGGGGCGCAAGGACUUCGGAUAAAUGUGGUGGGGACGUUACUUGCUGAUUCUGACCUAUAGUGUGGCCGAUGCCGAUGAGGCCUAUUCUUCCGCCCACCUAUUGAUCUCCUACCCUCUUCGAUGCAUCGUGAAGCGAUCACUUUCUGAUAGAGCUGGGUUACGCAGACUUAAUUGCAGGAUCGAACCAGCAAAACGAACAUAAUGAAUGAACAUCGUUACUAUGAAGACGAAGCGUAAAGAAAUGUACGAAGAUAGGUAAAGGGAAUUAAUGGGCAACACUAAGUGAUUUACGUCCCUCGGCCUUGUCUUGGAGUUCCUCAGUGUAUGACGUCACUAAGCUCGGCAAAGGAAGGGAUGAUGUGCCUAUACUAUGUUGCUCCCGUAGUCACGGAUUGACCAUCCCUUUGCAUGGUGUGCGCUAUAACGCAUGCAUAACCGCACGAUGCGUUUCUCCAGCGGUCGGCCGUAACGAUGGUCGAGCGGUGAUGAGCAGAGUGUAUGAGCUAUCGCAGGCUUUGUGAGUGCAACAACAAAUGGCUCAGUGAGUGCUUAUAUUGCUGCAGUAUCUUGUUCGUUAUAAUAUGUUAUCACGCAAAGGCACCCUGGUUUGAGACUUUUUCACUUUUAAUAAAAGUGUUUAUCGAGUCA